ACCCAUUUCUUCUUUUUUUUCUAUACUUUUUUUUCUGAACGUAUAUUUUCACAAUAAUGGGUGCAUUACUAAGUUGUGUUGCUUUACCAGCACUAGGCACAAUAGGAACUUGGCUUACAGGUUGCUUUUCUGCCGCUGCAUGUUCUUUAGCUUUUAAAAGCUGUAAUUGUAACAAUUCGAUAGCCACUCGAAUUGGUUAUGCAAUUAUCUUUUUAUUCAAUUCGAUUCUUGCUUGGCUCAUGUUGUCGAAUUGGGCCAUCAAGAAAUUAGAACACCUGACGUUAGAUUACAUGAAGUUGGAUUGUGCAGAAGGCACCUGUUACGGUGUGAUGGGGGUCCAUCGAGUCUCUUUUGCGCUUGUUUUGUUUCAUGCCAUUCUGGGUUGUUUAUUGAUCGGCGUGACAGACAGUCGGCAACGAAGAGCGGCUAUUCAGAAUGGAUGGUGGGGACCCAAGAUUCUUGGAUGGAUCCUUCUGUUGGUGAUUUCGUUCUUUAUUCCGAGUGGGUUCUUUAUGGUAUGGGGAAAUUAUUUUGCAUUGUUUGGAGCCGCUGUCUUUAUCUUGUUUGGGUUAGUCUUAUUGGUGGAUUUUGCUCAUAGUUGGACAGAGCGAUGUAUGGAAAACUAUGAGAUGAAUGACUCGAAUCUAUGGAAGAAUAUCUUGAUUAUUGGUACGUUACUCAUGUUUGCAGGUGCCAUCACAUUAACAGGCAUCAUGUACGGGUUCUUUGCUACAAACGGGUGCUCAUUGAACCAGUUCUUUGUGACACUUAACCUGAUUCUAUGUACGCUUGUCACGGUAUUGUGUGUCUCACCUCGUAUCCAAGAAGGUAACUCGCGGUCUGGGUUAUCACAGGCAUCGAUUGUAGUGAUUUACUGCACGUAUCUUGUGCUCUCUGCUGUAGCGAACGAGCCUAACGACAAGGAAUGUAACCCGUUACGCAAGUCGAUUGGACCUCAGACGACAUCGGUUGUACUAGGAGCGAUCUUUACAUUUUUGGCAGUGGCGUAUUCGACCAGUCGUGCUGCUACGCAGGAUGGAGCGUUUAUUAGUAAAUCGGCAGGUAGGCCUAGACUGGAUAAUUAUCAGCCGUUAGAUACUUCCAGUGCGGUUCCAUUAAUGGCUAAUCAAGUAGAGGCUGGAGCACAACGCAUGAGUUCACAAGGUUCUGCACGGGAGCAUCUGGUUGCUGCUGUGGAAGCUGGUGCGUUGCCAAGAUCAGUAUUAUAUGAGGAUGAGGACGAUGAUGAUAUUGAUAGUGGCUUGGAUGAAAGGGAUGAUGAACGAUUUGGAUCCUUGUAUAGUUAUUCGUUCUUCCAUUUUGUGUUUGCGAUUGCAGCCAUGUAUGUUUCGAUGGUGCUGACCAAUUGGAACACGAUUCGAUUUGAAGACAGCAUCAGUCAUGACAAUGGCGAUCUUGUGAGAAUUGGACAGAGUUACACAGCAGUUUGGGUUAAAAUUGUUUCAGGGUGGAUCUGCCAUGUUAUAUACAUUUGGUCGAUGGUCGCACCAGUUUUAAUGCCUGACAGAUUUGAUGAUUACUAAGUGUGUGGGGGUUAUUUCUUCUUUCUUCUUUCUAUUUCUAUUGUACACACACACACACACUUUCUAUUGUACACACUUUUAUUUUUCUAUAAAUACACACAUAUUACUUUUUUAGCGCA